UUUUGAAAGGCAGAGGCAGAUACUGCUUGUGCUUUCGAACUUUACUAGAAAGUUUCUUCAAGGAAAUGGAAUCAGUGUUAAAGAUCUCCAUGAGUGCUCUGGAUCCUUAUUUUAUUGCUGACCAUAGUGCCUGCUUAGCCAGCAGUGGCCACUAUUCAGAAGCUGACCUUGGGUGUUUGCACUUGGAUCACAAUAACCCUGCUGGUCUCUUUAGCAACAUGUCCAACGCCUUGGCCAAUGCGGUGUGCCAGCGCUGCCAGGCACGCUUUGCCCCUGCCGAGCGGAUCGUCAACAGCAACGGAGAGCUGUACCACGAGCACUGCUUCGUGUGUGCCCAGUGCUUCCGGCCAUUCCCCGAGGGGCUCUUCUAUGAGUUCGAAGGCCGGAAGUACUGCGAACAUGACUUCCAAAUGCUGUUUGCUCCAUGCUGUGGAUCCUGCGGUGAGUUCAUCAUUGGCCGUGUCAUCAAGGCCAUGAACAACAACUGGCACCCGGGGUGCUUUCGCUGUGAGCUAUGUGACGUGGAGCUGGCUGACCUGGGCUUUGUGAAGAACGCAGGCAGGCACCUGUGCCGGCCUUGCCACAACCGGGAGAAGGCCAAGGGUCUGGGAAAGUAUGUCUGUCAGCGGUGCCAUCUGGUCAUUGAUGAGCAGCCCCUUAUGUUCAAGAAUGAUGCCUACCACGCGGACCACUUCAGCUGCACCCACUGCGGGAAGGAGCUGACUGCAGAAGCCCGAGAGCUGAAGGGCGAGCUCUACUGCCUGCCGUGCCAUGACAAGAUGGGUGUCCCCAUCUGUGGGGCCUGUCGUCGGCCCAUCGAGGGCCGUGUGGUCAACGCGCUGGGCAAGCAGUGGCACGUGGAGCACUUCGUCUGCGCCAAGUGUGAGAAGCCGUUCCUAGGGCACCGGCACUAUGAGAAGAAGGGUCUGGCCUACUGUGAGACCCACUACAACCAGCUCUUUGGGGACGUCUGCUAUAACUGCAGCCAUGUGAUUGAGGGUGAUGUGGUGUCGGCCCUCAACAAGGCAUGGUGCGUGAAUUGCUUCUCCUGUUCCACCUGCAACAGCAAGCUCACCCUGAAGAACAAGUUUGUGGAGUUUGACAUGAAGCCUGUGUGUAAGAGAUGCUAUGAGAAGUUCCCACUGGAGCUGAAGAAGCGGCUGAAGAAGCUGUCGGAGCUGGCUGCCCGCAAGGCCCCCCCCAAGUCGGUGGGCCUCAACUCCGCCUGAGCGGCCUCCUGCCUGCCCUCCACCUUCAUCUCCCCCUUCCUGCUGGUGCCCCCUUCCCUUUGCUGCCUCCAGUCCUCAUCUCUGCUCCUUGUCUGUGGCCUCCCCCUCCUUCCUUCCCUCCUUCCCUCCUUCCCUCCAGUAUGCUUCUC